CUUGACUUGGCCGUGACAUGACAAUCAAAAGUAAUUGAUUUUAUUUUCUCAACACUAGUGUCAUGUCAUGUCGUAAAUGUCAGGUAUUCACGAGUGUAUGUUAGAAAAUUAGAUUUAUUUUGCCGAUAAAUCAUUAAGAAUGGCAGAUCUGCUAAGUAUCCAUGAUGAUAUCAAAUUAUAUACAACAUCAGACAAAUUCUAUUUGGAGCCCACAAUAAACCCCACAGAGAUACUGGUUAUAGACAGAGUGUCUGGUGAAGCUUCUGUCAAAGAUAUUGGUUCAGUAAAAAUUCCCAUUCCGGCGAAUGCAUACCGACCAGUAUGUGGGUUCCUAGGCUCAAUCAAACUGAUAUCUGGAUUAUACUUAGUUGUGGCGAAAUACAGAAUAUUGGUGGGCAAACUAAAUGGGCACGAAAUAUAUCAGCUGGCGGGCACAGACAUCAUACCCUACGCUCGCUCCAAUACACAUCUAACUAACAAACAGAUAGAGGACAAUGCCACAUACGAGCGCAUGCUCCGCGCUGCUCUGGACACGGUGGGCAUCUACUUCUCCUACACGUACGACCUCACGCACUGUCUCCAGAGGCUGCACUCCGUCACUCCAGACUUCCAUAAAAUGUCCAUAGCGAAUCGUGCGGACCCUCGGUUCCUGUGGAACGGUUUCCUGCUGCGGGAUUUCUCUCACCAGCAGUUCUCACGGUUCACGUUGCCUAUUAUACAAGGCUUCGUGUCUAUAAACAACGUGACAGUAAACGGUCACGCGUUGACGUGGUCUCUAGUGUCACGGCGGAGCGUCGAUAGAGCCGGAACCAGGUUCUUCAUGAGAGGAGUCGAUGCUCAGGGCAACGUAGCGAAUUUCGUGGAAACGGAGCAGAUAAUAGAACGGGGCGGCGAGAAGUCCUCGUUUGUACAGACUCGGGGUUCGAUCCCGUUGUUCUGGAGCCAGUACCCUGAUAUCAAGUACAAGCCGGCGAUGCAAUUGUCCCAUGAAGACCAUGUCGCAGCCUACACCAAGCAUUUGAGGGACCAGCAGCAAAGAUAUGGGAAUCAGGUUCUGGUUAAUUUGAUCGACCAGCACGGUAAAGAAGAGGCUUUAGAGCGGGGAUUCCGCGCGGCGGUAGCGGCAGCGGCACUCCCCGGAGUACGAUAUGAGCCGUUUGAUUUCCACGCAGAGUGCCGUUCUAUGCGGUACUACAGGCUCAACGUGCUCAUUGACAGGAUCAAGUUGGAACAGGCGGAAUUCGGUUACUUCCUAUCCCGCGGCGGUACGAUCCUCCUCCGGCAGAACGGAGUGUUCCGUACGAACUGCGUGGACUGCCUGGACCGCACCAACGUGGUGCAGAGCCUCCUGGCGCGCCUGCAGCUCACGGCCGCCCUCAGGCUGCUCGCUGUCACCAACACUGACGACGAGAAACAUCCUGAAUUCGACAAUUUGUUCAAUAAUGUAUGGGCAGACCACGCGGACGUGAUAUCAACACAGUACUCCGGCACGGGCGCCUUGAAGACAGACUUCACGCGUACAGGCAAACGGACACGGCUCGGCCUUGUACGGGACGGUGUCAACUCUCUCACUCGGUACUACAAGAACAACUUCAGUGAUGGGUUCAGACAGGACUCCAUCGACCUGUUCCUGGGCAAGUACGUGGUGAGUGACGGCGAGGGUAACACGCUGCCCUGUCCUCUCCGCAGGGACAGAGACUGGAAGUAUAUCACGUUCCCGUCGGUGCUGCUGGUGGCGAUGUCGAUGUUCUGUGCGAGUGCGACCCUCCCGCAGCGGUACUCCAGCGAGGUCCUGCUGUACCUCAUGUUCUGGGGCGCCGCCGUCACCGCCACGCUCUCCUUCAUAUUCAGACACGGCAAGGAGUUCGUGGACUGGCCCCGGCUGGACGCGGGCGGGCUGGCCGCCGCGCGCGCCCUGCCGCCCCCGCAGUCAUUAUGAUCAAUGACACGCCGCUCGUAGUCGUCGUCUGACCUGUACCCAGCCUCCUCAUCUCACACACACUUACAAUUAAUAUUUGGUAUACAAGUAUGAGAAUAAAUA